GUCCAAUGAUAGAGUCAGUGAUGAGAUGAGAGCUCUUCUUUUGUUCAGGUAUUUAGGUUAUAGGCGACGCCCGUGACUCGCAGUCUUCAGUCUUCAAUGAGAGCUCGAGACUGCGCUUCUUCACACUCCACAUCUCUCUCUCCUCCACAACUCACUCGCGCUCAUUGUAAACUGAGACAAGCAAUAACGGAAGGCACACACACACACCGGAGAACAGAAUGGCAGUUUCCUGUUGGUAUUUUGCCUUAUUUCUCAUCUUUGACUUGAUGGCUAUGACACUGGGCACCAACACCCACCACAAUUCACCAAUGGAAGUCUUCAGCGAAAACAUAAUAAUCCCGCCCAAGCCAGAGGCAUCCAUACAUCAUCACACUCAUCAAAGGACAGACAGAGGACGCAAGGAGAGGAUGACAGCCGGUCAGCUCAGAGAAAGACCCCGCAUUGCCAUCUUCCACACCCAAAAUGAAGGGCCAGACCUGGAGGGCCUCAGUCCCGUUCGCUUAGAGAUGGAACCGGCAGACAAACGUCGGGUAAUGACUCCUAGAAAGAAGACCUUCAUGGGCUCUGAUUCCUUAAUUCAAGAAAAAAUGAAUAUUUCUCCUGGUGCCGAGACUCCAGAGAAGGCGAUGAGGCGUCCCACUGUUCGAAAAGUGUUUGGAGGGCACAUCACUAGGGCUCCUCAUGAGGAAGAGUCUUUGGCAUCAGGGAAGAAACGGAGGGUUUCUUUUGAUCAAAGGCUCAAUAAAGCCUCCUUUGGGAGUCCCACAGAGCCAGUGCUUCCUGCUGCCACUGUUGGCACCUUCAUAUUGCCCAUAACUGCAGCAGUCGAUGGGAAUCCAAACCCCUCAAGUGAACCGCAGGUCAGACGUUAUUUAGGUGGGGAUGUGGCGCCCACUUUUAACAUGGCCUUAUUUGACUGGACGGAUUAUGAAGAUAUGAGGCCUGGAGAUAAAAAGCAAUAUUCGAAAAAGCAAGGUUCUGAAAAACAGGCUACACAAAGCCCAAGCACUGGACUUGUGAGACUUACAUCAGAAAAUAAUGUCUGUAAACAUCAUCUGGAUUGUCUGCCAGGUUCCUGCUGCAAUCUCAGAAAGCAUGUGUGUGAGCUUCAUAACCGUGGCUUCAAUAACAAGUGCUAUGACAGCUGCAUGUGUGAGGAAGGACUUCGGUGCUAUGCAAAAUCACACAGACAUUACCGCAUCACCCGCAAAAAGGGACAGUGUGUUGAUCCUGAGGACUUAAAUCAUGGCAUGUUCAUUAUUGUUUAAAUGAGAAGAAUAAGUCAUUUUCUUUAUAAAUGCAUGCAAUUAUACACUGCCCUCAACUAAUAUUGGCACGCUUGGUAAAAACAAGCAAAGAAAGAUGGGGAGAAAAUGUUUUGCUCAAAAUAUUAACACAAAAAAACAAAAAAUGCUUGGGUUUGAUUUUAGAUAAGUGUAGAGGCUUUUUACUUGGAAACCUUUCAAACAAUAUUGUUGAUGUGGAAUUGUAGUUUUGGAGACUUUUUGACCACAAGACACAACAAACAUCUGCAAUUCUGCAGCUGUGGGUUUUUUGGCAUUUCGAACCAUCCUUCUGACAAGAUAAACACACAUCCUCUUCUAGACUGAUUCAGAGCACAUCCAUUUUGCGAAGCUCAACAAACUUUGCUGCAAACCACAGCUGUUCUUUGCUUUUCCCUAUUGUGAUGAAUUUCUAAGUGAGUUUGGCCUGUGUGUUUCCUCGCAUUUUUAGACGUGUGAAACAAGAGGUGGUUGAACAAUUUUCUGUUCCUAGUCACAAAGGUGUACUAAGCAAAUAUAGAACAAAAUGGCAAUUAUUACGCUCUCUUGUGUUGUUUUACAUUCCCUGAGAUUUUCGUUUAUCCUCAGAACACAAAUUUAGGUAAAAUCUGACAACUCUUUGGCUUUUCAUAGCGGUUUAAAUUCAAUUCAAUUCAAUUCAAUUCAAUUAAUCUUUAUUUAAAUAACACUUUUUACAAUGUAAA